UUGCUUUUUGUCCUAGUUUCCGACCGGAGCAUAACAGCUGGAGUGCAAAAUGGCGGCCCACUUGCUACGUUUAGGGCGACUGACUUCUGUGAAGGGGAGCAGCUUGGGUGUCCUGAGGAACCGCCCGGUUCUUUGGUUCUGCACUCAAGCCGAGGAGCCAGUAAAACCAGUAAAAAAGACCAAAGCUGCAGCAAAGACAGCAGAACUUCCAGAUGAGAGAGCGACCCUGCUUGCCUACAGGACUGCUGUUUCCUUUCCGGUUAAACUCUCAGAACCUGGAGUUCCGCCUGCACAGUCUGCAGCUGGUUCGGACCCAGCAGCUAAGCUGACUGCUGGGUCUGAACCAGCUGCAGCAUCAGAACCAGCUGCAGCAUCAGAACCAGCUGUUUUAGAACCAGCUGUAGAAUCUGACUCUGCUCCAUCUGCAGCUGCUGCAUCAGAAGAUGCAGUCCCUGCUGCUGCAGCUUGCUCUCCCCCUAAAGAUCCAGCUGAUGGUUCAUCCUCUACAUCAUCUAGCGACUCUGACUCAGAUUCUGACUCAGAUUCAGAUUCUGAAGAUAAAAAGCUGAAGGUGGAGAUUGAACCAAGAACAUCCCCAUCUACGCUGGACAAUGCAGAAGAGAAACAAGCCACUACUGAUGCUGAGGCUGUACAGGAGACAGCAGCAUCUUCAGAAGCAGCUCCACCUGUGGUGGAGGGCUCAGGAGACUCUGGUCCAGAGAUCUGCUCUGCUAGACAGGCAGCACCAGAACUUUCCUGCCCAGAAGGUCCAGCUGAUGCUGCAGGAGAAGUUGCUCAAGUUGCGACUGCUGCCACUGAUGCCCGAGGUGAAACUCCAUCUCCAGAUGUGACCCAGACUCCAUCUCCAGAGAAAGCUGAGGUUGAUGCUCCCGUAGAAGAAGUAGCUGCUCCUGUAGAAGCUCCUGAAGCUUCAGAGACUGCCUCCACCGAAGGAGCAGCUGAAGUUGUGAGUUCUGCAGAGGAGGUGGUGGACCAUGCUCAAGUCCAAGCUGAAGUGAGUGAAGGUUCCUCUGAAGAAGCCGUAAAGUCAAAGACAAUCUCCGCUGAAGCAGCUGGUGUAGCUGAAGCUUCCAGCCCUGUAGAAGAGCUGGUGGACUCUGGCCCGGGCGCAGCUGAAGCCUCUGCUGAAGAAGCUGUAAAAUUAGAGACCAUCUCCACUGAGGCUGCAGCUGAAGCUUCGAGCUCUGCGGAGGUGCUGGUGGACCCUGCCCCGGUCUUAACUGAAGCUGUUGGAGAGGAGUUGCAGGCGGAGGCCCCUGCUGAAGAACCUGAUGAGGCUGCAGCUCCAGCUCCAGAACCCGAGGAGCCCUUUGACAACAGCACUUACAGAAACUACCAGCACCACAACUACAACCCCUACACGUUUGCAGACCUGGAUCUAGAGAUGGCCAAGUAUCGCCUCCCUCAGCCCUCCUCUGGCAGACCCUCACCCAGACACUAGAAGAGCCGAUUAAAAUGGCAGUGAUGAUGCCCCUGUACCUGCCUGAUCAGCAUAAUAUUAUUGUCAGAGUUUGAAGUUAUUAAAGUACCCAAAUGAGAAGUGAAGUGUAUUUUUGUCUGCUGCGAUACUGCUGUGUUAUAUAAAGGAAGCUGUGUGUAAUCAGACCGGCACCAGAUCAAACAUGUCUUCUAUGCUGCUUUCCAGCCUUAGGGGGUCAGUUAAAUAGAGCUGACUGAGCAAGUGUUUUAUCUGUGUUUCUAUUUUAACGAUGCAGUUUGGACUCCUCGGCCUGAAUAAUGCACAAAAUGUCCUGAUUAAAGCAGUUCAAGAAUAAACAUGGCGCAGAUAUGUUCAUA